GAGAGAGAGAGAGAAGACGGAAAACCACACACACUCUCUCUCUCUGAAGCGCGCACGCACACACUCACGCGUUCACGCGCGCGCACAGAGCGGCAGACCGCAGGGGGAAACAAAGUAACGAGGAUUGAAACGGAAAUGAACUCCAGCCUUUGAACACUGUUUGUUCUGUUGAGAGACUCUCCGGUGAACUUCAUGCGGUUCGAGUCCCUGCACGGUUUUAACGCCUCUGAGCGGAGCUUUUCCACCGGCGUGCACAUGAUCUGGAGUUAUUAUUAUUAUUAUUUCUAUUUUUAUUAUCAAUAAUAAGAAAAGAAAAAAAAAACUUCAUCAUCAACAUGAGAGCUCAAAUCGAGGUAAUCCCCUGUAAGAUCUGCGGAGACAAAUCAUCAGGGAUUCAUUAUGGAGUGAUCACAUGCGAAGGCUGUAAGGGUUUCUUCCGGCGCAGUCAGCAGAACAACGCCAUGUACUCGUGUUCUCGGCAGAGGAACUGUGUGAUCGACCGGACGAACAGGAACCGGUGUCAGCACUGCCGGCUGCAGAAAUGCCUGGCGCUUGGCAUGAGCCGCGACGCGGUGAAGUUUGGCCGCAUGUCUAAAAAGCAGCGCGACAGCCUGUACGCGGAGGUGCAGAAGCAUCAGCAGGGUCAGGAGUGCGCCGGCGGCAUCGUCUCCUCCGCCAUGGUCGGGGAGGAACCCGGAGAGGCCAGCCCCGACGGACACACGCGAACCUGCAGUCGCAGCUCCAGCACUGCGCUCAGCGACCUCGACGACCUCGGAGGCCUGCUGUUUGACCUGCCCCUGACCCCGGAGUCCGAGUACUGCGGCCUGGAGCUGCCAGGGAACGACAGGACGAGCGGAGAGGGGAGCAGCGGCGAGAGCAACUCGUCCUCACACAGCUCCACCGAGUUAAAACACGAAUACCAGCUCCUGCAUUCGCACUCGCCGUUAAACGAGGGGUUCUCGCUGCUCGAGACGGAACGCAUCGCUCAGAGUGUGGUGAAGUCACAUGUAGAGACGAGUCAGUACAGUACGGAGGAACUGAAACGGCUCAUGUGGAACCUGUACACCGCUGAGGAGACUCGCACGUACCAGAACAAAGCGAUGGAGGUGAUGUGGCAGCAGUGUGUGGCGCACCUCACUAACGCCAUCCAGUACGUGGUGGAGUUCGCCAAGCGCAUCCCCGGCUUCAUGGAGCUGUGUCAGAACGACCAGAUCGUCCUGCUCAAAGCAGGCUGCCUGAGCGUGCUGCUGAUUCAGAUGUGCCGAGCCUACAACCCUGUGAACCACACGCUGCUCUUCGACGGGAAGUUCGCCAGCGUGCAGCUCUUCAAAGCUCUCGGUUGUGACGACCUGGUGAACGCUGUGUUUGACCUCGCUAGAUCAAUGAGGGGCCUGCAACUGACGGAAGAAGAAAUGGCUCUCUUCAGCGCCGCCGUACUGUUCUCCCCAGAUCGACCCUGGAUUUCAGACAGACAGCAGGUUCAGAGGUUGCAGGGGAAAGUUUACCAGGCGCUGCAGCGCUGUCUGAACAGAGAGGGCGCCAACGAGCACAAAUUCAACAAGAUGCUGGCAAAGCUUCCUGCGAUAAAGUGCAUCUGCAACCUCCACGUUGAUAAGCUGGAGUUUUUCCGCCUGCUCCACCCAGAGACGGUCUACAGCUUCCCCCCGCUGUACCGGGAGGUCUUCGGGAGCGAGAGCUUCCUCCCUGACUCCACCAAGGGCUAGACUCUCAGACGCAGUGCCGCGCUAAAUGGUGCUCGAAAACGUGAACGUUUAAGAAGAAAGACACAGAGAGAGAGAAAGAGACUGGUAGAUGUGAAGCAUCACGAACAGACCAGCAUCUUACUGACAAUCCUGCACACAACACUUUUACACUCUGAACCCUAGAGUCCCUUUCUCUGAGCUCUUUCCUUACCAGGUGCAGCCCGAACAUAACAACCAAAAGGGGGCUUUGAAAGGAGAGCAGAACCGGCUUGUAGGACCGUUUUUAAACUGACAAGACAAACAGUGUCGAAUCGUCAAAAAGUUCGGACAGGUGGAAACUCUGGUGCUGGAAAAAUGGUGAUAAAAAAAAUAAAAACAUUUAUCUGUUUAGUGUUUAUCUGCAUAGUUUGUAGCUGAAAUCAAACCAACAACCAAUCAAAACGACCCGUUUAAUCGAAAUGUUUUAUUAAAACGGUUCGUCUGAACGUUCCUCCUUUUGUAGCGGCUUUAUUUAUCUUAAGAAAAUCCCGUUUACAAAACCAGCACUCGACUAGUGCAGGCAUGCUGCCAGGAUAACGUUGCCAUGGUGAUUAAGUUCUGUAAUGAAGUACCACUGUCAUUAAAUCUGCACAGCUGGUCAUGAAUUAACAAAUUUUAUUUCAAAUUUAAGUUUUUUUUUAUUUCGCUCUCAAGUGGUUAGCUAGCUAGAAAGAUGUCAAACUUUCUCAAAUGAUGCGAACUAAUCCUGUACAGAAAAAUGAAUAAUUCAGAUUGCUGUGCAUGACCUUAAAAAAUCAUGACCUUAAACACAGCAAAAGAACUUCAUAGUAAAGUGUCGGCACGUUUCCUUGAUCGUGGCUUUGCCCAUCACUCUCUCUGCCCUUCCCACAGAGGGAAGUGUACAGUACAGUAGCUGCGUAUCAGCGUUUAAAUCACUGACGGUGUCGGUGGGACACAACUGUACGUUUUUCCACCUUUUUUUUUAUGCAGUUGAAAUAUUGCACAGCCUCAAGGAUGAGACGGAAUGUAUUAUUUUAUUAUUUUAGCUUUUUUUUUUAUGGCGCCAAUCUUGCUAAUACUAUGCAGAUGUGUUAAUUAAAGAAAACUCCAAUUGGAAAUUGGAAAGUCCACUUCUUUCUUCUAUUCUAUUUCUUUCCUUUUUUCCCCUGGAACAGCCACUCUGAAAAGAGGCAUGCAAUAGUUUAAUUUUAAUUGUGUGUGUGUAGCAUUUAAAACAAGAAUAUAUAGAAUAAACCAUUCAGAAAGAACAUUAAGGUGUGGUGCACAAUACCGUAUUUUCCAGACUAUAAGCAAUUUUGUUAAAAAAAAAAAAAAAAAGCCAGGUAACAUACACAUUGUCAUUAUUGUAAACAAAAAUUUGCAUUAGUCUCUUUGAUAGUUUCUUUUAUGGUAUUCCAAUCAAACGAAAGUACAUAAAGUAAACAAUGAUACAUUCUUUUUUUUUUUUAACUAGUAUUUUUAAUUUACUUUUUUUAAAUACACUGGAACCUUGAUUUACAAACGCCCCCGAGUACGAACAAAUCGGUUCACGACCAAAAUUUACCAAAAAUUUGUCUCUGUUUACGAACUCCUCCUCGAAACAUGACCCAGAAACUGCCAUCCCAAGCUGCUGCUAUCAGCUGUACGAAGGCAUGAGUCAAACUAUCAACCGUUUUGUAUUUUAAAUUUACUAUAAUCCUUUACAUAUAAUUACAUAAUCCAUUACAUAUGCUAUUAGUUAUUUCUUUUAUUUAUUAAUUAUUUACAUGAUGUAAAUUAAACAAUUUUAGAUUUAAAAGGCAAAUUCAGAAUGGCGUUUUCAGAAGUCGUGUGCAAGAAAGUUGCACAUAAAUUGUUACUAAUGUUUUGUAGAAACAAGGAACAAUAUAAUCCAAAAAAUAAUAA